AUGCAGCGUUGCUAUUGCGGCCACAGCGCUGGCGCUGGCGCUGGCAUCUUGAAAUCAAGCAGACCCAUGGAGGCGACGUCACGGCCACGUAGUGAACUUCAAUCAGUGACAUCAUCGUCCAGGCUAAGCAUGCAGCCUACGCAGUUUGUCAAGCGGCCGCAUCUGAAGAGCAACAAGGAACUGGGCUUGGGCAUGGGUCUGGGUCACUCCAGCAGCGCACUAAAUCGCAAUUUCAGUCGUCGCAGCUCUGUGGCCACCACUGUAAGUCAUUGCUCCAGCUGCUGCAGCUCCUGUGCGCCACAGCAGCGACGCGAAAGUCGUGUCAAGGUGCUAAGCUGGGGCGGCGUAGGUGUUGGCAGUCACGCGAGCAACAAUAACAGCCAUUGCGACCACACAGACAAUCGGCGUCUCUAUGAGCAACGCGCCUGCGCAGCAGCUCAAGGUCAGGUUCAGGUUCAAGGCAGCAGCAGCAGUAACAGCAGCCACACAGCCACGCCCAGCACAGGCAAUAAAACUGAGCUGCAGCGUCUGCUUGGACUGCAGCAAUUCCGUUUGAGCAACAGCAGCGACUGCUUCAGCAAGCAGCAUCAGGAUGAGCUGCGUCUGCAGCGCGCCUAUGAUAAGCUCAGCUCCAGCGCAACACAGCUCAAGUGGCAGAAGCAGCAGGCAAAUGAGCUGCAGCAACAUACAAAGGGCACCAUGCCCUAUGCGCUGCGCCAAAAGCUGCUGCAGUUGCGCCUGCAGGAGGAGCAGGCAAGCGGCAAGGACUUUGUACCUCUGAUUGCGCCCUUGGAACGCAGCUGCGCGCUUAGAUUUAAUUAA